UUUCUUCUCCAAUCUUUGAAUUCUGAUUUUGCUGGUGUUGAAAAUGGAGAUACCGGAGAAAGCUAGAGCUCGAUUGGGUGUUCUCUCGGCGCAUUUUUCGGCAAAUGAUCCUGUCGAAUCAGUACAGGGAUCUCCGGCGAUCGAGCGAUGUUACACGUUGUCUAAUAUCAGUCCCCUGAAGGGAGCCCUGACGGUCGUCGACGACCGCACCGAAAAGAAAUAUCAGGUCCCGGUCUCAGCUGAUGGCACCGUUAAAGCUGUUGAUUUCAAGAAGAUAACGACGGGGAAGGAAGACAAGGGGAUUAAACUAUACGAUCCUGGUUACUUGAACACGGCUCCUGUUCGGUCCUCGAUUUCUUACAUCGACGGAGAUGAAGGGAUCCUCCGUUAUCGAGGGUACCCAAUAGAGGAAGUGGCUGAGAGCAGCACUUUUCUGGAGGUUGCGUAUCUUCUCUUGUAUGGGAAUCUGCCCUCUGAAAGUCAGCUAUCUGAUUGGGAGUUUGCAGUUUCUCAGCAUUCAGCUGUGCCACAAGGAGUAUUAGAUAUUAUACAGGCUAUGCCUCACGAUGCACACCCAAUGGGAGUUCUUGUAAGUGCAAUGAGUGCCCUCUCCAUCUUUCAUCCUGAUGCUAAUCCUGCUCUAAGGGGCCAGGACAUUUACAAUUCAAAACAAGUUAGAGAUAAACAAAUUAUUCGCAUUAUUGGAAAGGCACCAACUAUUGCAGCUGCUGCUUAUUUGAGGAUGGCAGGGAGGCCUCCCGUUCUUCCUUCGGGAAACCUUUCUUAUGCAGAAAAUUUCCUCUAUAUGCUGGAUUCCCUGGGAAACCGAUCCUACAAACCUAAUCCUCGUCUGGCUCGUGUGUUGGACAUCCUCUUCAUACUGCAUGCUGAGCAUGAAAUGAACUGCUCCACCGCUGCUGCUCGGCAUCUUGCCUCUAGUGGUGUUGAUGUGUACACUGCUGUUUCUGGAGCUGUGGGGGCGCUUUAUGGUCCUCUUCAUGGUGGUGCGAACGAGGCUGUGCUUAAAAUGCUAUCAGAGAUCGGGACUGUUGAAAAUAUUCCAGACUUCAUCGAGGGUGUGAAGAACAGGAAGAGGAAGAUGUCUGGUUUUGGACACCGUGUGUACAAAAACUAUGACCCACGAGCGAAAGUAAUAAAAAAGCUAGCAGAUGAAGUAUUCUCCAUUGUUGGAAGGGAUCCUCUAAUUGAGGUAGCUGUUGCUCUCGAGAAGGCAGCUCUUUCUGAUGAUUAUUUUGUUAAGAGAAAGCUUUAUCCGAAUGUUGAUUUCUACUCUGGAUUAAUAUACAGGGCAAUGGGAUUUCCACCAGAGUUUUUCACGGUCUUAUUCGCGAUUCCUCGCAUGGCUGGAUACUUGUCGCAUUGGAAAGAGUCGUUGGAUGAUCCUGACACCAAGAUUAUGAGACCACAACAGGUGUACACAGGCGUGUGGCUGAGGCAUUACACACCACUUACAGAGAGAAAGGUGACUGAUGAGUCAAAGGAGUCGGACAAAUUGGGUCAAGUCUCGACUUCGAAUGCAUCAAGAAGACGUUUGGCUGGAUCUUCAAUUUAGGCGUAGAUCUUUUUAGGUCCAUACCAUACGCUGAUUCACCGCACUGUACCGCAAAGAAUAAAAGAGAUUGGGUUCUCUAGCCAAAUGCAAAGAGGGUCUCGAGUCUUGAUAAGAUCAUACUCAAAAUUAAGAAUUUACAUCCUGUAUUCACAAGAUGAUUCUCCUAUAUUGAUUGAUGGUGGAGACAGCUUUUGGGACCUUCCAUAAAUAAAUCUAUAUGAGGAGUGUUUGUUAUCAGAAAGUGUUUUUCCUAUAAUUUAUGUGUCUGGAUUGUUAUCCCAAAUACAAUGUUUAACGUUACACUAAUUCAAAGUCGUAUGGUUCUA